AAUGGAUAAACAAUGUUCCAUCUGUAAUAAGGAAUUCUCCUUUAUCAAACAAAACAAAUCUAAAUGUAAAAGAUGUGGACUUGUAGUAUGUCUUGAUUGCAAUAAAAAUGAAUUUAAAGUAUCCAUCUUCUUUAUUCUAUUUCUUAGAUUUCUGCAUCCAUGUUGAAACCACUUAAAAUAGAAAAAGUUUGUUUAUAAUGCAAAACCGAUUGUUUAUAUAUGGAAGAAUAAAUAGAUAAAUUAUAAUUAUCUUGGAACAAAGAAACAGAAUUAUAAUUUGAUCUUUUUCAAACAUCACUUAAUCCAGAAUAAUACAAAUAACAUAUUAAAAAUGCAAAAGCUUAAAACUCAUAUAAAUAGAAUCUUGAACAAAUCAAAUCUGAUUUAAUUAAAGUAUUAUAAUUAAUCAAUUUUAGUGUUUUAUUACUCAAGAAAUGUUUAAUUACUCUUUUCAGGAUUGGAUAUCUCAUUCAACUAAUCAAGUUAAAGUCAAUCAAAUUUUUGAUGAAAUAGAAAAUCUUUUAGUUGUAUUUUUGUCUAGAAAUUCAGAAGUGGGAUACUCAUGCGAAUUAUUAUAAAUUUCAAUUGUUCUACUAACUUUAAUUAAAGAUUAUGCAGCUUUAUAAUUAUUAGAAUAACUCUAUGAAUUAAUGCCUUAUGAAUAUUGGCCUACUUCUACAUAAGAACCUAAUUUAUAAACAUUAGUUUAAGACUUUUAAUUAGCCUUUAAAAUUGAUUCUACAUAAAUUUCUUAAAUUAAAAAGUUUAUGGAAUACUUUUCCACUCCAAAUACAUAAACUUUAUUUAUUAAAGGAUUAAAUUUCUCUUGUUUUCAUAUUAUAUUUAUAGAAUUUGUCUCAUAAAUGAAUUUUGAAGUCAUUUAAAAAUAUUUGAUUGUUGUAGCAAAAAGUUGUCUAAAAUCUUUUGGAUAAUUUGGCUUUGAUUAUAAAACCAUAGGCAAAUAAAUUCUUACUAAAACUGAUUAUAAAUGUAUCUUAUUUAUUCAAUUAUAUUUGAGCUAUCACAUAAAUUAAAAACCUAUUGGAUUAAAAGCUUGGAAACUCUUAACUUACAUUUUCAAGUCCAAAAAGUAGUAUAAUUCGUAAACGCAAUUCUGUUUGCAGCAUAGAUAAUAAUAGUUUUAUAGAUAAUCUACCUCAAAUCAUGACAUAAUAAAAUUCUUAAAGAGAAAUUAAAGUGGAAGAUAAUUUUAUUUUUAAUUUUUAGAAUGAAUAAAAUUUACAAAUUAUUUAAUUAAUGAAGAUGAUUGAACAAAAAAAAAAAGAGCUUCAUGAAUUAUCAAUUAAGAAUAUAGCUUUAAAAAAUCAAACACAAAAUAUUAAAUAGAUUUCUAAAAAAGAUCAUCAAAAUUAUUUACAAAUGAUUGAGAAGGUAUCAUCAGAUAUAUAAGAUGAAUUAAAAUAAGGAAUAUAAAUUUGCAAAUAGAAAUGA